UCCACACACACACACAACACACAACACACGCGCGCUCUCGCUCUCUCUCGCUCGCUCUCUCGCUCGCUCUCCAAAGCCCGACGCUCACCGACGUCCCCCUUACGAAGACCUCCGCCAUGGACCUCCACCGAACCGGCGCGUUCAGCCCGAUGGAUUACGGCGGGGACGCUAAGGAGGAGAAAGCGGGCCAGACGAUGGAGGAGAGGCUGGACAGCGGCUUGGACUCCCUGAAGGAGGAGGAAUAUCAGGCCGUGGCCGCCGAGCUGACGCUGCUGCGGGUGGACUGUCCGCCGGCCCUGGCGUGCAAGCCGCCCGCGGAGCCGCAGGAGUGGACGGCGCAGAGGACGGAGGACGGAGACACGCUCCUUCACCUGGCUAUCAUCCACGAGGCCAAGGAUUGUAUCAGAAACAUGAUAGACUCGUUGAGGAAUACACACUUCCUCAACACAAAAAAUGACCAGAGACAGACUCCCCUCCACCUAGCAGUAAUAACAGACCAGCCUGACGUGUGCGAGCGCCUCCUAGUGGCCGGUUGUGACUCCACAUUGGUGGACGACAGCGGGGACUCGGCUCUCCACAUUGCCUGCCGUCGUGGAAGCCUGGCCUGCUUCAGCGUCAUCACACAGAACUGCCAGUCAGAACAGUUAAAAACUGUCAUGGCUUCCUGCAACUACCAGGGCCAGAACUGCCUUCAUCUUGCCUCGGUUCAUGGCUUCCUUUCAUUGGUAGAGAGCCUGGUGGCUCUGGGAGCUGACAUCAACGCACAGGAGCAGUGUAACGGCCGUAGUGCACUGCACCUCGCUGUUGACCAACAGAACCUCUCAUUGGUCAGACUGCUACUGCACAGCGGGGCUGACCCGAACCACCUGACCUAUGGAGGCCACUCCCCCUUCCACCUCACCUACGGUCGCCAAAACGAUGACAUCCGAAAAGAGCUUUACCUCCUGACCAAUCCCGAUCUGAGGGAGCUGCCUGACAGCGAAUCAGAGGACAGCGAGGAGGAGGAGGAGGAGCAGUCUGAUGACGAGGUGGGAUAUGAUGACAUUCAGUGGAACGGACAUUAGCAGGAACUAAGAACGAGGACGUCAUGGAGACAAGGGGGGGGUGCUGUGAUGACGGCAACGGAGAAAGGGGCUUGUCAUGUCCAUUUCCUUCUGCGCGGAGGUCACAGGAGGGCGGCAGCAUGGGGAUGACACAGCGCAGGCAUGGCCCCUCAGACGGAUGGCCGGACACACACACAGCUCUGGGGACAGCUGCAGGAACGAAUUAAAACAAAAAAACACAAAAAAACAGGACUGAGAGUGACUGACAGCUGAAUGAACCAAUGAGACUGCUCCAGAGUGCGGGGAUUGCUAAGACAUGAUUGGAUGCUAAAAUAGGACAAAUGAAUAAUAUUGGGAUGGGGGUCUCAUAUUGCUGUAUGAUAGUGGAUUGCUUAUAUAAUAAUGAACACUGAAAUAAGAAAUCUUAUCACGAAACAUCCACCCACUCAGAUGUAACUGCAACGCUUGUGUUGUACGAUACUGUAAAUGGCUGUGUAUACAAAGAUGUAUUUUUUAUGGACACUGUGAAGUUGUACAGUUGAGCAGGUUGUAAAUGUCAGACAGCAAAUAGUUCAGUAUACUCCAGUUAAAUUAAAACACGUCUAUUUAACUCA